AUGGCGAUCUACUUUCUGCUGGGAAGGUUGAGCGGCGAGGGCCAGAGGAUGCUGCACAGCAAUCCAGACCUGGUCUCCGACACCGCGGCUACGCUGGACGUGGAAGGCGCGAAAAUCCUAGGCCAGUACGCCGUGCUGGGCCACUACGACUUCAUCACCAUGGUGCUUGCCGAGGAGAAUGAGGCAGUCGCGAGGCUCUCCGCCGAGUUCGGCGCGCAAACCGGGCUGCACUUCGAGACCCUUUCGGCCGUAGCCGUCGGAUUCCUCGCCGACAAUGAUCCUUCGGGCGAAUCGCCCGACCGCGCAGCCGUGCAGAUGGCAACGGGCAACGGCGCCGACCGUUGA